CACUGCUCUCCAAUCGCAUCACGGAGAAUGAUUCACUGCAGUCAUGGCGCCGUAUCCAGGGUCUGAUGCAGACUAUUUUAGGGACAAGGCGCGUAGGGACUUGUUGACUCUCCUUGAAGGCGUCCGUGGUAAGAAAAACCUCGUCGUCAGUCAGGAUCUGGCUGGGCCAGUCGGGCUGUUCGUCAAGUUCUCUCUGCUCCAGGAAUAUGGUGUAGAUCGCGUGUUCCUGCUUGAGAAUGGCAACGUGGACUCCACGCAGCGCAAUGUCGUCUUCCUAGCUCAUGCGGAAAAGAUACGCCAGGUGCGGGCUGUGGCAGAACAGAUUCAGCGCCUUCAGCGCAACGGCAAUGUUGAACAUGAGCUGUCCAUAUUCUGGGUCCCUAGGCGGACCCUUGUAAGCAAUUCCAUCCUGGAAGAAGCAGGCAUUAUAGGAGACGUGAAUAUUGCCGAGUUUCCCCUAUACUUUGCCCCUCUGGAGCAAGACGUGUUGUCGCUGGAGCUGGAUGACUCUUUUAGCGAUCUGUACCUGCACAAAGAUCCGGGAUGCAUUUUCCACGCCGCAAAGGCCCUCAUGGAUAUUCAGCAGCGACACGGUUAUUUCCCUCGAAUCAUUGGCAAGGGUGACCAUGCACGACGCCUGGCCGACCUCCUGUUGCGGAUGAGAAAGGAGCUUGAUGCCGAAGAGAGCUCAGGGCUGGCCGGAGUCUCUGCAAGAGGGCUUCUUCCCAGCGCCAGUACCGAAAGCCUCAUAAUCAUCGACCGCCAAGUCGACUUUGGCACGGCCCUCCUUACGCAACUGACAUAUGAAGGAUUGAUCGAUGAGACAGUGGGCAUCAAGAACAACCAGGCAGACGUGGACACAUCGAUCGUGGGACCUACUGCGAUGCCCCAGGCCCAGGAAUCUUCCAAGGCACCCCAACAAUCUUCAAAACCAGGCCAAAAGCGAAAGGUCCAACUAGACUCAUCCGACCAACUUUUCAGCCAACUCCGUGACGCCAACUUCGCCAUCGUAGGCGACAUCCUGAACAAGGUAGCACGCCGUCUCGAAAGUGACUACGAAAGCCGCCAUGCCGCCAAAACCACCACCGAGCUCCGCGAGUUUGUCAACAAACUACCCACCUACCAGCUAGAGCAUCAAAGUCUCCGAGUCCACACCAACCUCGCCGAAGAAAUCAUGCGAACCACCCGUUCUGACAUCUUCCGCAAGAUCCUCGAAGUCCAGCAGAACAACGCCGCCGGCGCCGAUGCCACAUACCACCACGACGCCAUCGAAGAGCUCAUCGCUCGCGACGUUCCUUUGAAAACUGUCCUCCGACUCCUCUGCCUGGAAUCCUGCAUGUCCGGAGGCCUUCGACCCCGAGACCUCGAAAACUUCAAGCGCCAAAUCAUUCAAGCCUACGGCCACCAACACCUCCUCACCUUCUGUGCUCUCGAGAAAAUGGAACUCCUCCAGCCCCGUUCCUCCGCCACCACCACACUCCUCCCCACCACCGGCGCCCAACCCGGCACCAAAACCAACUACGGCUACCUGCGCAAGAACCUCCGCCUCGUCGUCGAAGAAGUCAGCGAAAAAGAACCCAACGACAUCGCCUACGUCUACAGCGGCUUCGCCCCUCUCAGCAUCCGUCUCGUCCAAUGCGUCCUGCAAAAGCAAUACAUCCUCUCCCUCGUCCGAGGCGGCCCCAUCACCGCCGCAACCCCCAGCCCUGCCAGCGCCUCCUCCCCAGGCUGGCUCGGCUUCGACGACAUAGUGAAGAGUGCUCGCGGCGCCACAUUCAGCAUCGUGCAAAAGGGUGACGAUAAAGCCGUUCGAGCCCGUCAGACAAUCAGCGGUACCACCGCAGCCAAGACCGUCUAUGUCUUCUUCUUAGGCGGGAUCACGUUCACGGAGAUCGCCGCGUUGCGGUUCAUUGCUGCGCAGGAGGCUCCCAGACGAAAGAUUGUAAUCUGUACGACGAGUAUCCUUAACGGGGACCGAAUGAUGGAUGCGGCGAUCGAAAAGGGGAGUUUUACUAAGGUCGAAUGAAUGUGAUAGUGGCAGUAGGUAGAUGAUAUCAUGAUAUCCUCUCUUAACUCUAUAACGAGCAAUACCAUAGCAUGCGCACAC